CGCCUCUAUGGCAAUGCGCAAGCGCUGAGAGGUUAUUUGCUUUAUUGGCAAAUAAAGUUGAUGACAGUCAUGCGAGGAAGAAGACAGAAGUGAAGAGAAUCAAUGAAAAAGAAAUUUGUUUUCAUUCAUAAUCAUAAUGUUGGUCAAGACCUCUGUGACAUUGGCAAUCAUCUUUCUUCAUUUUAUCAUAAAAUCAGAGUCAUACAGCAGUACCUGUUUUCAGUAUGUUAAUACAACUACGAUACCACCUGGGCAUGUUUACCACAGAAUGCAGAGACCUGCAAUUAUUGGCUACAAAGGAAGUAUCACUGCACAUCAAGAGAAUACAUUGGAAGGAAUGAAAGAUGUUAUUAAGAAGGGAUAUCAAGGGAUUCAUAUGCAAGUUCAAAUGACUAGAGAUGACAAGAUGAUCUUGUUUGGAGAUAAGAACUUUCUGAGGCUGACAGGAGUAGAUGCUACAGUUCGCAUCGCAGAUUAUAAUUCAAUUGCAGCAUUAUCAUUAAAGAAAAAAAUAGUCUCAGGAGGGAAUAGAACAUUUACAUAUUCUUCUACUGCAAAGAUUCCACUUCUUGAAAAUGUUCUCAAUGAAGUUAAGGGAAAGGGACUCCUGAUUUACAUUGAGCUGGUUCCAACAGAUGCACCGCCAGAAAACCCGGCUGAACGGGAUCAUGCAUUGCGCCUAGGGCUUGGUGUUGGAAAACUGAUUAGAAAAUUGAAAAUGGAGGAUGAGGUAUUUGUCGUUUCAUCAGACCCUUUUAAAUUGCUAGUCUUGAAUCACGAGAAUUCAAAUAUUGUUUCUGGUUGGUGGCUGAAAAAGGAAUUUUACAAUGACCAAAUUGCUGGGAAGAUGAGGAAGGAAUUUACUGAUCUUAAUGGUUUACGAGACUGUUACAUCAAGACUGCACCUACAGGGAUAAAGUUUCUGCCAUUCCUUUACGAAACAGGCAUUGUUACUAAGUCAGUGAACGGCUCGAUUUUUGAUGCCAGUUUCGAUGUCAUAGGUAAUGCAAAGUACUUUGACGGACGCUCAGACACGACCAAAAGCAUAUUGCAAAAAAACUACAAUCGUAAAAUGUCUUAUGGAGCCAUUUUGGCAUACUAUGAAGAUCUUGUUCCCAGAGACAAGAAAAAAGACAAGGAAAAGUUGUCUAUCGAGGUAAAACGUGGACUCGACAGAAUUUUGACGGAUGACCUGGCAGAUGUAUAUACAAUGUUGAACUCUAUCCAGAGUAAGGCAGGUUUUGUCAGUGGUAAUAUUUAUCUUUUUAUAUUCAGCUUUGUAGUCUCGAUUAUUGGUAAUUUAGCUAGACCUCUGUAAGAACGUAAUGUUUUGUUUUUGGUGUGUGCUUACUUGAGCUAUGUAAUAUUUUUUUGUAAAUGUACAAUUUUUGUUUCGAAUCAUAAACAUAGAAAUGUAUGUAUAAGAUAAAUUUUUUUAGAAUGUCGUGAAGAGCUGACGUGGGAUAUGGGGGUUUGAGUUUUUUAAGGACAUUGUAUUUUUGGCGUUUUUCUUCAAAUUCAAAGCACCACCAGACACUAUUAAGAACAAGAUAUUCCGAAAGACGAAAGAGAUUCCACAUAAUCUUCACGACAAAUUAAUUUUGUAAUUAGCAUAAUUUACAAUAGUUAAUCGUUUUUAGCAAGUAAAUCGUAGAUGGUGGGAAAGAUUAAAAUUUCAGCAGCAUUUGCUGUAAUAAUCAUCGCUCUUUAAAAACAUAGACGAGCGAUAAAUCUUUGUAUGGUUUAAUUUUUUCUUGCAUCUUGGAUAUUCUUUUGGGGCAUGUUACACUUACACCCUGCGAAACAGCAGUGCUUACAAAUACUAGUACAUUCGUCGGGUAUAGAUAGCUAAGCCCUUCAAAAGAUUCUCCAUUUGUCCCUUCUGUCAAGUAGUAGCCCGGUCUUUUAAUAUUUUAUGUUGGAUUAUAAUCGCAGCUACUAUCUGCCUGAUCGGAACAUCCAUACUCCGAUUGAAAAAUGUUAGUUUUACAUUGAUUUUAUUUUUAUAGAACACAUGUCAGAUUUAUGAACUUGUAUAAUCUUUAUUGAUGGAAGCAAAGGGUACUUAUAUCAUGUGAUUUUCGUAAAGAUAGGCCUCCCCACCUCAUAGGCCAAAUGUUGUAUAAAGAUGACUUAAAGUAUUUAAAUCAUACGCAGUGAUCAUAAGACAUGCUUGGUUUUUUAUCAAACACAGUGGAGUUUUGAAAGUUAUUAAUCGAAAUUAAUUGCGGUUGCUACUGCAGAAAAUCACACAGUUGUUCGCGUGUUGUUCGCCGCAGGCAGUUUGUUGAAUUGGGGAUGUGACGUAAACGUACUGAUCCAUGGAACAAGUUUGUUCUCAAAGAAAGUGGAUGCUGAUGUACAAACACUGCAAGAGUGUUCAGCCAAACUGAAAAAUAGUAUAUCAAGUGAUUGUCUUUGUGAAUCGUGAUAAUACACCUAUAAUUAUUUGCUAUAUAUAUAUUAUAUAUAUAUAGAUAUAUAUAUAUA